AUGACUUCUAUGGACCAAACCAGCCCCAGGGCUACCCUCAAAGGAACUUCGCCUCUUCCUGGGAUUUCUGCCUCCAAGAGCUCCCCAGCCUCCAGUUCCCAGGGCCUCCUCCACCAGGUCAAACAGUUCUCCAGUGUGAUUGUGAUUGUCCCUUUGCAGCUGCAGAGGGUGCAGGAGGAUCUUGAAGGCCAACAAAAGCAGAUAGGAAACAUCUUGCAGAUCGUGCAGAGCUGUGGCGAACCCCAGGGGUUCCCGUCCAUGGGGAUCGCCCCUGCUGAGCCCAGUGGCCCUGAUGUUCCCCCCCACCUGGAGGCCAAGACCCCGCAGGAGCAGAACUUCACAGAGGUCCUGGCCACGAGGUCAUCUGACUGGCUCUGGUGGCCCUUCGGAGCAGGAGCCCAGCAGGAGACUCAGCCGUCCUGGGACUGUCGGCCCCGGUUUUGGCAAGAUAUUCUGACGGAGCAACUCUGGCAGAUUUUUGCUGGUGUCCCCACCGAGUCCAAAGACCUGGGACACGAACUGACAGAGCAGGCGCCAGGGCUGCUCCUGGACGGCCCAAGACCUCCGAUAGGCCCCCGGACGGGAGCAGAAGCUGGGGUGUGGCCCAGAUGCUGGGAUCCAGAGGACUUUGAGGACACGUGGAGGAGGCCAGACACCUCGCUGGGGCAAUCCAGGCGGCUGGCUGUGCCGCGCCAGCUGGAGGAGAUGCGGUCGCUGGAACACGGGGAGUCCGUGCUCGCCGUGGCUGUCAGCAGCUUCACGCGGCACGUGUUUACCUGCAGCAGGGGCGGCGUCAAGGUGUGGAGCCUGACCGGCCAGGUGGCCAAGGACAGGUUCCCCGAGACCCACCUGCCUGUACAGACCCCAGGGGCCUACCUGCGCGCCUGCCUGCUCUCGUCCAACGGCAGGACGCUGCUCACGGGCGGCUGCAACCUGGCCGGCGUGAGCGUGUGGGACCUGGCGGCGCCCUCCCUGCGCGUGAAGGACGAGCUGCCCUGCGGGGGUCUCACCUGCCAGGCCCUGGCUGCCAGCGCCGACGACAACCUGGCCUUCAGCGGCUUCAGCAGCGGCACGGUCAGGGUCUGGGACCUGCGGGAUCACAGCGUGGUCAGGGACUUGCCGGGCUACCCGAACGGAGCCAAGAGCAUCGUGGUCAAAGCCCACAACAUCUGGACGGGGGGGCUGGACGCCUGUCUGCGGUGCUGGGACCAGCGCAUGGGGAAGAAGCCCUUGGAGCACCAAUUCGAGUCUCAGAUAAUGAGCCUGUCCCACAGCCCCCAGGAAGACUGGGUGCUGCUGGGCCUGGCCAACGGGCAGCAGUGGCUGCAGGACACCCGCGGGGACCAGACACACAUGGUGGGGUCCGAUGACAGUGCCAUCUUGGGCCUCAAGUUUUCCCCCUUUGGCCGAUGGUGGGUGAGCGUUGGCAUGGACAACGUCAACAUCCACAGCAUGCCCGCGGGAAUGAAGGUGUUCCAGGUACCCGAGACCUCCCCCGUCAUGUGUUGCGAUGUGUCUUCCAACAACCGCCUGGUUGUCACGGGCUCCAGGGACCAUGCCUCAGUGUACCAGAUCACCUACUGA